UGUCUGUAUAAAAAAAUACAACAAUCAAGAUGAAAUUUAAUAGCAAACAACUGAUAUUCGAUUGUUCAAAAUUAUUACGAACCCAUCAACAAUACCGUUUAAAAUCGUACGUCGCUCAAACAAGUGAAAUUCCAGCAACAGUUAAACCAUACAAAGAUAUACCUGGUCCAAGACCUAUACCAUUAUUGGGUAAUACAUGGCGUUUGUUACCAAUUAUUGGACAAUAUCAAAUUGCUGAUUUCGCAAAUGUAUGUGAUAUAUUACAUAAAGAAUAUGGAAAGAUUUGUAAGCUGUCAGGUUUAGUUGGUCGACCGGAUUUGUUGUUUGUUUACGAUGCGAAUGAAAUUGAGAAAGUUUAUCGACAUGAAGGUCCAACGCCGUAUCGUCCAUCAAUGCCGUGUUUAGUGUAUUAUAAGAGUGUUGUUCGUAAAGAUUUCUUUGGUGAUUUACCAGGUGUUGUUGGCGUACAUGGAGAACCAUGGCGUGAAUUUCGAACUAGAGUACAAAAACCAGUAUUACAAUUGCAUACAGUACGGAAAUACAUCGAACCAAUCGAAGUUGUUACCAAUGAUUUUAUACAAAGAAUGAACGAAAUGAAAGAUGAAAAUGAUGAAAUGCCAAGUGAUUUUGAUAAUGAAAUCCAUAAAUGGGCACUUGAGUGUAUUGGACGUGUGGCUUUAGAUGUACGAUUAGGAUGUUUAGAUCCAAAUUUAUCACCAGAUUCAGAAACACAAAAGAUUAUUGAUGCAGCAAAAUAUGCAUUACGUAAUGUUGCAAUAUUAGAAUUAAAAAUGCCAUUUUGGCGAUACAUCCCUUCUAGUCUAUGGACCAAAUAUGUUAAAAAUAUGAAUUAUUUUAUAGAAAUAUGUAUGAAACAUAUUGAUGCGGCAAUGCAGCGAUUAAAACAAAAAAAUGUUACAAGUGAUAAAGAUUUAUCAUUAAUUGAACGAAUUUUAACAAGCGAAAAAGAUCCAAAAAUUGCUUAUGUAUUAGCGUUAGAUUUAAUUUUAGUUGGAAUUGAUACGAUUUCAAUGGCCGUUUGCUCAAUUUUAUAUCAAUUAGCUACACGACCCGAAGAACAAGAAAAAAUUCAUCAAGAAUUAUUAAAAGCAUUACCAGAUCCAAAUACACCAUUGACCUCGAAACAUUUAGAACAAGUACCAUAUUUAAAAGCUUUUAUUAAAGAAGUAUUUAGGGUAUACUCAACAGUUAUAGGAAAUGGUCGAACUUUACAACAAGAUUUAGAAAUUUGCGGUUACCAUGUACCAAAAGGCAUUCAAUGUGUGUUUCCUACAAUAAUUACGGGAAAUAUGGAAGAUUAUGUGACCAAUGCUAGUACAUUUAUGCCAGAACGAUGGCUAUCAAAACAUUCAGAAAACUCUUCAAACAAUACAAUACAUCCAUUUGCAUCGUUACCAUACGGACAUGGAGCACGAAUGUGUUUAGGAAGACGUUUUGCUGAUUUAGAAAUGCAAAUACUUUUAGCAAAACUAAUUCGAUCAUAUAAAUUGGAAUAUCAUCAUGAACCAUUGAAAUAUGCUGUUAGUUUUAUGUAUGCACCAGAAGGUGAACUUAAAUUUAAGCUCACUAAAAGAGAAUAAAUAUAUCCAAAAUCUAUUAUUGCUCAAUUUAAAGUUUCAUUAAUGAUUUGAAUGCAUUUUCAAAUUUAGUGAAAUUAUUUAUUAAGUUAAUUGCUCAACAGAGAACAAAAAACACAAUUUGAAGCCUCAUACCUAAUGGUCUUGGAAAAAUGAACUUGAAAUCAUAAAGUUACACAGAUAUUACCUCCAUAAAAUUGGAUAUAUUACAACGUUUUCCAUUAAAUUAAGUUAAUUUCCUG